CCAGGGGAAAGGGACGCUUGCACCGCUGGCAUCGGCCCAAGUAUUUGAGCCAAACACCCGAAGCGCUGCAGCUCUUCGCUUUGCCGGACCGGAGGUCAAGUCGGAGGUCUCAUGGCGUUGCUGUUGUCGACUUUUCUAGUCCAACAGUUUUUCUGGGCCGCGGCCGUGCAGUUUGAUGCGUAUUUCGAAGAAGCUGCGGUGAAAAAUAAUGCUUCCUGGGCCAAAGAAGAGUCCGAGAUUCAGCAAAAGCUGCAGAAGCUUGAGAGUAAGUUCAAAAAGAAGCCCAACAUCAUUUACAUUUUGUCCGACGACAUCGGUUUCGGCGAGCUGGGUUGGCAAGGCGGUGGCAAGCACCGGGGCACACCAGGCCCUGGCUUAGAUGACAUGGCCUAUCAAGGCAUGCGAUUUUGGUCAUCCUACAGUGAGCCGAGCUGCACUCCCUCGCGCGUGGCCAUCAUGACGGGGCGCCACCCCGUGCGAACCGGCCUCACCACGGUGCUGUGGCCGGGGCAGGUGGACGGCCUGUCACCGGAGGAGGUGACCAUUGCCGAAGUGCUGUCGGCCAAGGGGUACCACACGGCCAUGUGGGGCAAGUGGCACAUGGGCGAAGAACCCGAACACGCGCCUGAGAAUCAAGGCUUUGAUUACGCCUACUACGGUCUCUUCAAUGGAGCGCCUGACCUAUGGCCAGAUGGCUAUGAGAUGACGGCAGUUGGAAUACCGGGCCACUGCGACCUGAAGAAGUUAGAGCACACAGUGAAAGCUGCUUUGGCUGCUCGUCAGUCCAGCGUUAGUGCUGCACUUUUCGGAAGGCUCCUUGAUCCUCCGGUAUGGAGGUGCGGUGACAGCUGGAGCGGCAAGGCGCUGGGCAGACCGAGUGGUGCAUCAAAGGUGGGUGCCCAGCUCGAGGCUUCAAAGGUGCCCAAGUCGAAGCAUGAGAGGACAGGUGCCCAACUCGAGGUGCCGAAGUGGAAGUGGAAGCAUCGAAAGUGCCCAACUGGAGAGGAAAGCAACUCCAGAGGCAUCAGAGGCAUGAGAGGUGCCCAACUCGAGGCAUCAAAGGCGGGUGCCCAGCUCGAGGCUUCAAAGGUGCCCAAGUCCACGCAUGAGAGGACAGGUGCCCAACUCGAGGUGCCGAAGUGGGAGUGGAAGCAUCGAAGGUGCCCAACUGGAGAGGAAAGCAACUCCAGAGGCAUCAGAGGCAUGAGAGGUGCCCAACUCGAGGCAUCAAAGGUGGGUGCCCAGCUCGAGGCUUCAAAGGUGCCCAAGUCGAAGCAUGAGAGGCAUGAGAGGUGCCCAACUCGAGGCAUGAAAGGUGGGUGCCCAGCUCGAGGCUUCAAAGGCAUGAAAGGUGCCCGACUCGAAGCAUCAAAGGUGCCCAACUCGAGGCAUGAGAGGCAUGAGAGGUGCCCAGCUCGAGCAUCAAAGGUGCCCAACUCGAAGCAUCAAAGGUGCCCAGCUCGAAGCAUGAGAGGUGCCCAGCUCGAGCAUCAAAGGUGCCCAACUCGAAGCAUCAAAGGUGCCCAACUCGAAGCAUCAAAGGUGCCCAACUCGAAGCAUGAGAGGCAUGAGAGGUGCCCAACUCGAGGCAUGAGAGGUGCCCAGCUCGAAGCAUCAAAGGUGCCCAACUCGAAGCAUGAGAG